GCCCGCCAAGAAUAUAGCCGCGUGGUGGGGUGACCCGGCUGACUUGGUGGUGUGGUGGAGGGUUAGGGGGAGAUUGCGUGCGGUGUUAAUGCUCGUCGUCUCUCUGGUUCUUUCCGUGCGGUGUCAAAACCCGCGGAUUGUAAGAAAGGGUCACCGUUUCUGAGUCGGGUGUUCUCGUGUGUGUUGGGAGUACAACGGGUAGCGUGCCGCACUGCGCUACAAACCCGGCGACCCGAGUAAAAUUCCAGCUCACUACCAAAUAACAGUGGCGAAUAUUUGAACCAGUCCUCCCCGAGGUCGACUCAACCUCAAAUGAGUGUGUAAACAUCCUCACUCGGAAGACAAAGGUGGCUGGGCGUGGUGUUCUGGCCACACACCACCUCCGUGCUGAUCUUUCAUCGGUGUCCGCGAACAGCACUUGCACCCAACAGCCCGUGUAAGCUACACGGGGCAAACUCGUCUUCAUCGUGCGUGCCGCUCACAGGGCCAACGACAGCUCCCAGAUGGAGGCAGAGCAGCUCACGUGCCCACCUUGCCAAGAGGCCCCCCAGGACCCCACAAAUCCCGAGACCCCCUCCCCCCCCAUGACACCGGAGGCCACGGCGACCCUCGAGAUCGCCCCGGCUCCCGAGGGCCCUGGGAACCCAGAGACAGCUCCUGAGGGCAGUGCGUCGCUGGAGGCCGAAGUGGCGUCGCAGUCCGUGAAGGUCGGCCCAGCAUCGCCGCCGCAGGAGGCCCCCUGCAAGGCCGAGGGGCCGCCCGCAGUGACAGCGGAGGCUGUGCUGGAGGAGACAGGCGCGCAGUUGAUAGAGCCUGGCAAAGUGGAGGAAGCCGAGUUGUCUGCAGUCCAGGAGCUGCUGACACAUCCGGUGAACAAGAAGAAGUUUGCCAAGCUGCUAGUGCAGCUCAUGGAGUCGCUAAGCGACUUCGCCAGCCCCGAGGAGAAACUGGCGGCGCUCUGCAGCAGAUACACAGAGAUGUCUCUGCAGGCCCGGUCAUCGCGCCAGCUCGCCGCCGCCGCGUCCCAUGAACGUGACCUCCUGCGCACUGACAACCACCGCCUGCUGCUCAUGAAGGGGAAACUCGAGACUCUGUGCAGGGAGCUGCAGCGCAACAACAAGCAACUGCUGGACGAGAGCCUGGAGCGCGUGCACACGGAGGAGAAGAAGCGGCGCGAGAUGACGGAACACUUCCAGGCGACGCUCGACAACAUCCGCAAGCAGAUGGAGCUGAACGAGGGCCGCAGUGACCGGCUCCGUGGCGAAAACCAGGAGCUGGCGGAGCGGCUGAGCACGCUGCUGCGAGACUAUGCGCAGCGGGAGGAGCAAGUGGCGAAGAUCCUCAAGUACCGGGAGCUGCAGCAGCAGCUGUCGGCCGUGAAGCUGCAGGAGGAGUCGGAGCUGCGGCGCGACGGCGAGCAGCGGCACGAACGUGACAAGGAGUUUCUGCUGCACCAGGCGGCUGAGAGCAAGCUGGUGCUGAAGGUGAUGGAGGAGAAGGAGGAGGCUCUGAAGAGACAGCUGCUGCUUUACACGCAGAGGAUUUCCGAGUUCCAGGAAAUGCUGACCAAGAGCAGCAAGAGCUUCUCCACCUUUCGCGGCGAAAUGGACCAGAUGACAAAGAAGAUCAUGAAGCUGGAGAAGGAGGCACUGGUGUGGAAGGAGCGCUGGCAGCAGAGCAGCCGGGCCCUACUGGACAUGACUGAAGAGAAAGUUGUGCGUGACAAGGAGAUGGAAUGCCUGCAGCUGAAGCUGCAGCGUUUGGAGCGACUGUGCCGGGCCCUGCAGAGUGAGCGCGGCGACCUGGCAUCCUGCGUCAAACAACUAACGAGCCAGAUCAAUGGCAACGCUCCCAGCGGCGAAGCAGUCGCGAGCUGCGACCUCCCCGCAGACAAUGCGCCGGCGUGCAGCUCGCCGAGUCAGCUUGGCAGCGAGGCGGACGAGCUCGCUGGUUUGGUAUCGGGCGACCUCGUCGGUAUGGCUAUGGGGGUUUGUGUUCUCACGGACUCUGCAUCCUGUGCGCUUGACCAGUUCUCCUGGGAGCUCACCGAUUCAAAAUUUUCGGUUCGUGAUGCCACCAGCUCAUCGGCUGGCGAGGCAAUGCCGAGCCCCGUACACGGUGCCAGCAGUCCGUGCUCCCCCCCCGGCGAGAUCGGCGAGAAGUGCCCAGACAUGUCCGGUGACGGGAGUCAGCCGCUCGUGGGUUUAGCACAGCUACCGGCACUGUGUCCUGCUCCGGUAUUGCGGAGAGGUGGCGAUGGUUUAAGUGAUAUUGCUGCAGGGCAAAUAUUGACCUCUCUGCACGCCACUAAUACUGACACCGUGGAGAAGUGCGUUGAUCCGAAAGUUGGCAGGGUUGAGUCAGACACCACCAGCGCUAACCCAGACGAGGAAGCGGGUAAGGUGGAACGAGACGUCGGUGGUAACCCGAACACAGAAUCCGGCGAAGACGAUUCUCGUGCAGGUAACGUUGCACUUGGUGUCAGUGAAGCAGAAGGUAAGCUGUCAGAGAAGCAGCCAGAGCCCGAGGUGCAUGCAGUAGUGCGCAACAGCGCUUUCGAUAGCCUGCAGGCAUCGUGCCAGAAGCUGGAAGAGUCUUUUUCCCUCAUUAACGCCAUGUGCCAGCAGUCGCAGGGCUUUCUGAAUUCUCGCAAGCAGACGGCUGGUGCGGCACUGGAGGAGGUAGCGAACGGCUCUUUAACCGGGACGCCAUUGCUACUUGGUGUCGAAAAGGAAAGGUUGGAGGCGUCUCCCAAAGAAGGCAACCUCAUCCUUUUCUCCGACCAGCAGGGCACAGUCGAACUAAGCAGCAGCAGCAGCAGCACUGUGGAGUCACCAUCAGACCAGGACGUGAGCUCAUCAGCAUCACGUUAGAGGAUAAUCUAUCUCGGUCUUACAGACAACUUGCUCCAUCGCUCACACAACAGAGUAGGUCACCAAAUUUGUUACAUGGUACACCAAGCUGGGACCGUUCAUCGGUAAGCCUAGGUCUGUUAUCAAAAUAACACAGCGGACUGCACUAUCGUUCCAACACGGCGACAUCGGUACCAGAUCUCGGUUACAAAUCGAUUUUUGACACCCGAACAAAGAUGUCAAUUCCCGGACUCUCUGGGUCAGACUCAAGUAAGCUGGUCCUGCCACCCAAGUAACUUCUCUGACGAGGCUCUGGUCGGGGUUACCACCAAGAACCAGCUUCUUGGGUCACCAUGGCUACUAGGGUUGCAUGGCGGCGAUACUACGAUGAUACGAGGUGCACAGUGAUUAUAUUGCUUUGCAAAAGAUCGUCAUAUCACGCAUUUCAUUUUUCCAAUUUUUUAUCACGAUAAUAAAAUAUUUAUCAAAUAGCAAGAAACAAAGUUCACAACUAUAAUAAUAAAUUUAAAGAAGUUGUUCAUCAUUAAUUCAGCACUUUGUAAAACGUUGUUCGGGUUGAUGGGCACGGGGGGGGGGGUUAUAUGAUGUCAUCAUGUUCCAACAGCGCGUGGUGUGACAAGUGCGACAGACUGUGAAGUCACAAUGAUUCUACGACUCAUGGCAGCCUCAAUAUUGAGUGAACUGCAGUUAAAGAACUUGUGUGUGGUGAUCUUUAUUUCUUACGUGAAGAAAAGCAAAGUAACGACGUGAUGUGAAAAUGUAUUACAAAGUUGAGGGAAAACCACGAUAAAUCGUCACAGCAUGAUAUGAGAAUCGUACAUUUUUAAGGAUAUUUAAGGCCGUGUCGUAUUGCAUUGUGAGAGGUUAUAUAGUGACAACCCUAAUGGAUAAGCCAGGUGAGGGCUCAAGAGAGGAGGAUAGGCGUCUAAUUUGUAAGAGUGACCUGGAUCACCAAAUUAACAAAAAGCACAGCAGCGAACAUCAAUAAAGCAAAGAGAAAUCACGAUAAACAACCAAACAGAAAUCAGAGCAGAGACAACCAGAUAGAGAUCAGAGCAGACAGCCAGAUAGAGAUCGGCUCAAAUGCAACCGCACCACACAAGAAAAACAGUGCACAAACGUAGAGACGCUUAAAAUGAAAUAUGUUCUCUUACAAAAGGACAUUUACAAUUACUGUUAUGGUAAAAGUGAGUUACAAAAACAUCACAAUUGAUUUUGCGUGAUUAUUGCACUACUGUCGUAUGUAAACAUACGAGGAUUGUGCCUGGCUGCCUUUGUCUCUGCACUAAGCCAGCUUUAGAAUAGUCCUUAGGUCUUUCGGCAUCUCUGGAAAUUACACGCCGAGUACAGACGUUGAAAGUACUAGCAGGGUGCACAUUCAGCGAUGGUUUUAUUCACAAACCACUGGUUAACACUGCGACAAUACGCAGGCGUGAAGACUUCUGUGCAGCCCCUGCUUUUCCAAGUUAUAAUAAACUCGAGAGAGAAC